AUGAUCAAAGUGUUCUACCAGUGGGGUCUAGAGGAAGAUUUUAGAAAGAUCAGCAUGGUCGGUCAACAUAUGGCCCUCACUCGUUGCAAGGUCGCCUUAUCUGGAGGAUGGGGAGAGGGAUUCGAAGUCGGCGGGGUGGGUGAGUUCGUACAGAUGCACUUUGCAGACUUCCGCAAACUCCUAUAUGAAUCGGCACUGAAAUUUGGAGCCAAAAUUCGCACGAAAGUGAUGGUAGAAUCCCUGUCGCCUGAAGCCGCCAAACCUUGCGUAACGCUUGCGUCUGGCGAGAAACUCUACGCUGACGUUUUGAUUGGCGCCGACGGCCUUUGCUCGAUAUCUCGCGCAACAAUGCUAGGCGAUGCGGACAGGAUGACCAGAAAAAAACUGGUACUGUUCAACGCAUUAAUCGCGCGAGAGCCCAUGAUGGCGGACCCAGACUUGAGGAGCAUGCUAACAGACAAUCAGUACAGUAAGUUCAUACUCUGGUUUGGUGGUGGCCGCGGUGCGUCAGGGUUCGCCACGAGGAGCAAUGAGUAUUGCUUGCAGGUAUUCGCGCGGGACAACGACUACCCGUUUCCCGUCUCUACUGUCGACAAGCAGGAACUUAUUGGCGCAUUGGGGCCGUGCGAGCUGCGGUUGCGCAAGCUGGCGGAAAUGGCCCAUAACGUGAUAGCGGUGCCCAUCAUCGACCAGCCGCAUCUCGAAGACUGGCUGCACAAGGACGGCCGCUUUCUCGUGAUCGGCGAGGCUGCACAUCCGCUUACAACGGGCUCCACAUACACUGCCGGAUUGGCGGCGGGGGAUGGAAUGAUGCUCGGCAGGCUGUUCUCGCAUCUUCACGAGCCGGAACAGAUCACGCCGUUCCUGACUGCGGUCGAGGAGCAAAGACAGCAGCGCAUCGCGCGCGCGCUCGAAAUUCAGAACACGAAUCCGGUGGCGAUGUCGAUGCCUGCGGGCGUCGAGGACAACAAGCAGUCCCUUGCGGUCGCGGAGCAGAUUGAGCGCAUGAGCGAGAGCGAGUACAACGAGCUCGCGGACGAGGCGCUGCGGGCGGUUUUCGCAUAUGAUCCAGAGGAGGAGGCGGACGACUGGUGGAUGCAGUGGGGGAUACUGCAGGAGCGUUCGGUGAAGAUCGUUCCGGUCACGUUCGAGACGAUAACAGUGGUCGAAGAAAACGAGCAAGUGUGA